CAGGAGUCCCUCCCCCCAGGGCAGCAACCCGUGGAUUGGGGGACCCAAGUGGAGGAGGCAGAGUCAGCGGGAGAGCUCCGUUUCGUGUCAAGGGAAGUUCCGGGGUUCCGUGAAUCAGACUUCCGGUUCACGACGGAAGAGUCAGAGGAGGAAGGAGGAAGUGACGUCGUUCCCAGGAAGCCGGCCAAGAUGGUGGAAUCCAAGCUGUCGGAUGCCGAGGUCAAAGUGAGAUGCUGGAAGGGGUGGCGGCUCUCCUUGAGGGAAAGGGUUGACUUGAUCAAGACUUUUUUGCUCCAAGUCUUUUUGUACGUCAGCUUCGUUUGCCUCUUGCCGGAAUCGCUCUAUACGAGGAUCUAUAGCUGUUUCUUCCAGAUGUUAUGGGGGAAUUGGCUGAACCUCGUCAAGAGGGACGUGACUUACUCAUCCAGGCGGGAGGGUGGCCUAGGUAUGGUCAACCCGGUGGUCUUUUUCUCUCUAAUGUUCUUGAAACAUAACUUUGGUAACAUGCUGGCAGAGAGACCGCCUGCAUGGGUAGGACUGUUCGGGAUCUGGUUUGGACCCCUUCUGCGCAGUUGGGAGAGUGGCGGGCCAGUGAGAAGCCUGCGGGUCAAGCAUGGAGGCUCCUGGGUGAGAGGAUUGUGGCAUCUGCUUUCCAUGCACCGCUGGCCUUGAGAGAUUGCCUGGGCCAUGUUAUGAGGGAGGGUUUGCGGUUG